AUGGAGUCUAAACUUAGUGAAGCAGACGAAGGCGUCCUUGUAGUCAAGGAUAAGCACUGGCAUACGGAGAUUAUUAAGAAAGACAAGCUUAUAGGCAAGCAUACGGUUUAUGUUAAGAAUUGUGAUAUGGUCACGGUGUUUUUGGUACCUCCUGUGGGGAAUGUUGUGGUCGAGAGUGUGAAAUCAGUCACUCUUUGUAUUGGAAUUGUGACUGGGAGGAUUGUGGUUAGAGGGAUGAGUAGUUCUACUCUUCAUGUGGCUGCUAAAGCAGCAGAAUUUCGUGAUAUUCGAGGAACAGGGGUUUAUAUACAUACUGAAUCGGCUAUUGAAUGGUAUAAUCCUAAUGAAGUUUCUGUCUAUCCUUACUGUCUUCAUGAUAAGCUUGGAUAUUAUACAAGUUAUCUCAGUGAUGCUGAAGAAUGAGGAUUUUCCCUAUCAGAAAAUCACUAUUCUGAAACUAAGAACUCGAAGGUGAACAUUCUUUCUCAUGAAGACUUAAGCAAGGUUGAAUCAACAACAAUAUGGCCUAAAGCAGGUGAAGGAGUCUAUGGUGGAAAAGCAACCUUUGAUAAAAUUUAUGGUGAUGAUACAGCUGAGGAAGAAGAAUAUAAGGAGCUUUCUGGUCCAAAUGUCUUCCAUGUAAAGAACAAACGUUGGCAUACUGAAACCAUCCAGGAAAGACAUCUUGAAGGUAAGGAUACAGUACUCAUCGAGGGCCUUGAGAUGUGCACAGUUUUUCUAGUCCCUCCUGUAAAGAAAGUGAUCGUUCGUAAUGUGAAGUCUGUGACUAUUUGCAUUGGAAUCGUUACUGAGAAGGUCACUGUCAAAGGAAUGAAAGAAUCCACCUUCCAUUGUGCCGCCAAAGAGGCUGAAUUCGAUAGAACUUUCGAGACAGCAAUCUAUAUGCAUACUGAAACACCCAUACAAUGGACAAAUUCUGGCGGAUUCACUCUGAAUCCCUACUGUUUGCAUGACAAGCUCGGUUAUUAUACAAAUUACGCUCAUGACGCUGAAGAAAAUGGAUUUACUCUGUCUGAAAACCAUUAUGCUGAUGUCAAAGAAGUAAAGAUAGAUAUUAAGACUCCGAAAGACUUGGACGGAGUUGAAGCUAGUACGAUUUGGCCUAAAGCAGGCGAGGAAAUUUACGGUGGUAAAAGAGUCUUGCAAGAAAUUUAUGAAGAAGAUAAGAAGGAAGAAGACAGUUUCGAUUUGAGUGAUCCAAAUAUAUUAGCGGUGAAGAACAAGACUUGGAACUCGGAGAUUAUCAAGAGAAAGCAACUUAUUGACAAAGAUACAGUAUACCUAUCAGAUCUAGAGAUGUUUACAGUUUUCCUCGUUCCUCCAGUUAAAAAUGUCUUCAUUCAAAAUGUCAAGGCAGUCACUAUCUGCAUUGGGAUGGUUACUGAGAAGAUUACAAUUAAAGGGAUGAAUGGUUGAACUCUUCAUGUGGCUGCUAAAGCAGCAGAAUUUCACGAUAUUCACAGAACAGGGAUCUAUAUCCAUACUGAAUCUGCCAUAGAAUGGAAUAAUUCCGAUGGGAUUCAGAUGUAUCCUUAUUGCCUUCAUGAUAAACUUGGAUACUAUAAAUAUUACAGUCGCGAUGCUGGCCUAUGCGAUUUCUCACUUGCGAACAACCACUACUCAGAUACAAAGACAGAGGGUGUAAAUAUUCAAGGAUAUGAAGAACUUGACAAGGUAGAACCAACCGCUAUCUGGCCUAAAGCAGGCGAGGAGAUAUACGGUGGCAAAGAAGCAUUUGACAAAAUCUAUGAAGAUGAGUCUGAUGCUUAA